AUUCUUACUUAUUACAGUAAAUUUGUCUGUAUUUUUAAUUAGUACAUCAGUCAUCGUCUGGAUAGAGUUAUAGUAAAUACUACAGAAAAUGAUUGGUCUACGUGUGCUGUUGGGUAUAUCUCUGCUAGUCGUCCUUAUGAAUAUUUUGGCGGCUAAGGCGGAAUCAGAAAGAGUUUGCUAUCAACCUCCUGUAACUGGUGAGUGUCGUGCUGCCAUUCGGCGAUACUACUUUAAUCCCACUGUGGGGAGGUGCCUAGUAUUUAUUUACGGUGGCUGCGGUGGAAAUAGCAAUAACUUUAUAUCUCUAAGGGAUUGUGUAGCUAUUUGCGGUGCAAAGUGAACAACAGGAUAAUACCUACACGGAUUUUUUUUAAUCUUAAACGUAAUUCCUUUUGCAUCCAGUGGCGGACAAAUAAAUAAAAAUGCGAUAUUUUAAAUAA